AUGCCAAACAAGCUAACGGCAGCAUCAACUCCCGCCCCUGCUGUAGAUAAGCCAAGGCCAACAUCUACUCCUAUGGCCAGUAAAGAGCCUGCCAAGCCAGCACCCGUAGCUGCACCAACGCCUGUAGCUGCUCCAGCCCCAGUAGCUGCACCAACACCAGUAGCUGCACCAGAGCCAGCAGCAGCUGCAUCAGCUCAAGCUGCUCUCCCAUCAAGCUCAAAGCCAGUCGUUGAGUCACCAAAACCAGCCAAACCUUUGAUAGAAUCCAAGAAGCCAGAGAUCACUGCUGCCAAGCCUGAUGCCCCUAAACCAAGCGAGACUAACAACACAAAGGAUGCGCUCAUUGAGAAAUUGAUUGCCAAGAUUGAGGCGAUGGAGGUUAAGUCUGAGGCAAUGGAGGCUAAAUUUGAGAAACAGCAAUCCCGUAUCACCGCAUUAGAAGAAAAGGUGGCAGCACAAGAGGCAGAUCGCCAUGGUGAAUUGGAAAUGGACAACUUGGUUACGGAAAAUGGGCUCCUAUUACUCACUUCGAGAGCCAUGUUCGAUUUUGAAACUUAUAUCAAAAUCCAAAUAGCUUUCGCAGGAAGUAAGGCUCCUACACUUUCACUGGUGAUCAUCAGUUCCGACCUAGCGAACCACGGUUCUCACAACGCGAAUAUCGAGGAGGCCUGUUUUAGUAGUAAGUGUAAAAGGGACAACUUCAUAAGUGACCAACAAGAGUGUGUUCUGAAGAUGUCCCGGUUCGUUCGAGAGAGCAAAUUUCGCCAUGUUUUUGGAACAUCGCUCAAAAAGGAUGGCUGCUACUAUGACAAUAUUAGAAUAACAAGCUCAGCAUGGGAUUCCAGAUUUUGUGCAGUGAAUCCUAAAUAUAUAGCCAUUGUCACAGACGGAGGAAGAGGAUCGUUCCUUGUUUUACCAUUAGAAAAAACUGGCAGAUCAGAGAUAAAUGCGCCCAAAGUCUUAGGCCAUGCUGCUGACGUGUUGGACAUUGCAUGGUGCCCCUUUAAUGACAACAUGAUAGCCUCAGCCGCGGAAGAUGGCACUGUAAAAAUAUGGGAGAUCCCUGAAAAUGGCUUGCUUGUAAACCUUGAGAAGCCACUCCUUGAGUUGGAGUAUCAUCAAGAACCCGUAGGGAUUUUGGUCUGGCAUCCUACAGCCAGUAAUGUACUGCUAAGUGCAGGGUCAAGCAAAGUUGUGAUAUGGAAUCUAGACGAGGGAGAAGUCGUGACAGAGAUUGAUUUCCCAGAUAAAUGUCUGAGUGCAUCAUUCAACCCAAUUGGCAACCUUCUAGCAACCACAUGCAAGGACAAGAUGUUGAGAAUUGUUGAUCCUAGGACGGGUAUUGUUGUAAAGGAAAGGAAGAUUCAUGAAGGCUCAAAACCAACACGGUGUGCUUACCUAAAAGACAACAAAGUUUUCACAACAGGAUUUGAUCGUAUGAGUGAGAGGCAAUAUGCUCUUUGGGAUGCUAACAAUGACCUGGAUGAACUAUGUAUGGAAAAGAUUGACAGUGCAAAUGGUGUUUUGUUUCCUUUCUAUGACUCAGACACUAACUUGAUCUACAUAGCUGGAAAGGGAGAUAGCAAUUUUCGCUAUUAUGAGUUAUCAGCAGAGGCCCCUUAUGUUCACUACCUGAACACGUACCAGUCGAAAGACCCACAGAAAGGGAUGUGCAUGAUGCCUAAACGAGGAGUCGAUGUUAAUACUUGUGAAAUGACUAGAUUUUUUAAACUGCACUCAAAGAGUUUUUGUGAAGUAAUUACAGUGACAGUCCCACGAAAGUCAGAGUUGUUCCAAGACGACCUGUACCCAAACACACAGGGGGACGAACCUUCUGUGAGUGCAGCCGACUGGGUUUCUGGAGUAGAUGCUGAGCCUAUAUUGAUAUCUAUGAAGGAUAAGUUUGUUUCUAAGAAGAAAGUAGAAGAAAACGGUAAGAAGAAAAGAGGACUCAAGUUUCUAAAAAAGUCAAAGGCAGUAUCUACUCCCGCCGCUGCUGUAGAAAAGCCAAUGAGCUCAGAUCAAGAAGCCGAGAAAUCGUUGACCAAGAUUGAGGCAAUGGAAGCUAAGUUUGAAUCGAUGGAGGCUAAGUUUACGACAAUGGAGGCUGCGUUUAAAGCAAUGGAGGAACGUGUUAAGAAACAGGAUAAGCGUACCACCGCAUUAGAAAGCCUGGUUGCGAAAUAAAGUUGAGAUGAGAAAGUGGAUGGACAAUGGUCUAUGAAGACAUAUUACAACCUAACAUGGAAUCUCGAAACUAUCAUGGCUGCACAUUUUCUGAAUUCAAGUAUUCCUCGCAUAUAAUAUAGCUAGGAGUAGCAGUUUAUAUCAAGCAAAAUCUAAUCGCAUAAAUUCUAACUACAAAUUCUAACGUGUAGCAUUUAUAUAUAAACAUGACAUUAAAGUGCUCAUGGAUUUUCUUGGAAUCUCGACAAUAUCAUGGCUGCAUAUUUUCUGA